CCUCUUCCUCCUCCUCUUCCUCCUCCUUGUUGUUGUCUCCCAGCAGCAGCAGCAGCAGCAGCAGCAGCAGAAGAGAGAGAGAGGGGUAGUCAGUCAGUCAGAUAGCUGCUGAUGAGCCUGUGGUGUUUAUUUAAAGCAGCUGUGGUUGAAGCGGAAGCGGAAGUCCUGCUGUGUGUUAUCAUCAGUAUCAGCUGCUAGCUCAGUUAGCACAGCGCUGCUAGCAGACCGUUAGCCAGCGAGGGGCCCUUUAAUUCACACAAACAGCUCAACAUGAAACGAAAAGGAAACCCGAGGUCACUGGGGCGGUGAUACCUGCUCUGAUAACACACUUUAAAGGAGAAGACACCGGAAUCGAACCAUUCCCAACCUGUGGCGAGCAGAGUUUGUGCUUCCUGCUCUCCAAGUCAACCUUCGCCUUUGACCUUUACGCCCUCACCAUCUAUACGGCCAGUGUUUGGCCACCGUAACCAUGACGACGGGGGGUUGUUGCCACCUGCCUGGCUCUCUGUGUGACUGCGCGAGCAGCCCUGGCGUGUGGAAGAGCGUGGAGGAAGCGGGUGGUGACGGAUGUCAGGCGCUCUACGUCACCCAGGUCACCGCCAUAGACGGACGAUUGCUCUCCUCUGUGCUCAAACCCAUGAGCACACAAAGUGAUGGUCCUAUCUGCCGUAUUUGCCACGAAGGAGGCAGCAGUGAGUGUCUCUUGUCUCCGUGCGACUGCACAGGCACCCUGGGCACGGUGCACAAGAGCUGCCUGGAGAAGUGGCUCUCCUCUUCCAACACCAGCUACUGUGAGCUCUGCCACACCGAGUUCAGCAUCGAGCGCCGACCGAGGCCUCUCACAGAGGUAACAAAGUGGCUGCGAGACCCCGGCCCUCGUAAUGAGAAGAGGACGCUGUUCUGUGACAUGGUGUGCUUCCUGUUUAUCACGCCUCUGGCAGCCAUUUCCGGCUGGCUGUGCCUGCGGGGCGCUCAGGACCAUCUUCAGCUGAGCAGCUGGCUGCAGGCCAUCGGCCUCAUCGCCCUCACCAUCGCCCUCUUCACCAUCUACGUCCUCUGGACCCUGGUAUCUUUCCGCUACCACUGUCAGCUGUACUCUGAGUGGAGAAGAACAAACCAGAAAGUACGUCUGCUCAUUCCUGAAGCCAAGGAGUCAAACUCUUCCCAGCAUUCCUUGCUCUCGACCAAACUGAUGAAGAAGUCUGCCAAUGAGAGUAUAGUAUGAGACCAAAUGGUGAUAAUGGUGUCUUUUAUAUGCAGGGGGCUGAUUGUUGAAUACCAGCUAGCCUUUAAAGAAGCACUUGUGGUUGCUUUUUACAAACAAAAACAUCUUUGCCCCGUCAGUACUUAAAUUCACAUUACUUUCUAAAAAGAAAUCGGUCUGAUGAGCACAUUCAAAUGGAGUCUGGGUGUUGACCAAGCUUAUGCAAAGGCACAGAGGAACGGAACAGCACGUGGAGAUGUGCAGAGACAUUUACAGAGACACGGAACAGUCUCAUCAUGGAUACGAUGAUAACUUUAAAUAACAAUGAACCUAGAAUAAAAAAUGACCAAACUAACUUGUUUAGUGGACUGUGAAA